AUGGCAGAAGGGCAGGAAGAUGAUUCUCAAAAAUGGGUUCUUGAGAAAAUACACAUUGAUAGCAUGGCUGAAGUGACAAUGGAAGAAGAUAGCAAAAAACAGUUUUCUUCGUCUCUAUCUUUCAAUGAGAGAUCCACCAGUUUGAGGCAUAGGAAGCCGAUCCCCGGCUCCGGCCCUGCGAUUGAAAGGAUGGAAUCCGGUGCCAAGAGGGGCCUAAUGAGCCUCCGGUUUCUUGACAGGGCCAAGACGGGGAAGGAAGAGGAUGCCUGGAAGGACAUUGAGAAGCGUUUCCACAACAAUUCUGUCGAUGGCAUGCUGUUUAAAGAAAAGUUUGGGGCAUGCAUUGGGAUGGGAGACAGCAAGGAAUUCGCGGGGGAGCUGUACGAGGCGUUGGCAAGGCGUAGAAACAUUGCCACUGAGAAUGGAAUAGACUUGCUACAACUGAGGAAAUUUUGGGAAGACAUGACAAAUCAAGACUUGGAUGCAAGGCUUCACAUAUUCUUUGACAUGUGUGACAAGAAUGGUGAUGGGAAGCUAUCAGAGGAUGAGGUUAAAGAGGUUCUAGUGAUGAGUGCAUCGGCAAACAAACUAUCAAAGUUCAAGCAACAAGCCUCGACAUAUGCUGCGUUGAUUAUGGAAGAGCUAGAUCCAGAUAAUAAAGGAUAUAUAGAGAUGUGGCAACUGGAAGCACUACUAAGAGGGAUGGUUGGAUCAGAAGAAACUCCGAGAUCAGACAAGAAAGCAAACACACUGGCAAAAACAAUGAUCCCCAAAGAAUACAGGACUCCAAUCAGCCGAUUCAUGUCCAGGAGCAAGGAGAAACUCUUCGAAAACUGGAAAAAGAUAUUGGUGAUCAUUCUAUGGCAGGGCAUAAAUGUGUCCCUCUUCACUUCGAAGUUGAAUCAUUAUCAGCGUGUACCUGCUUUCCAAGUGCUCGGUUACUGCCUCUGCUUCGCCAAGGCUGCAGCUGAGACAGUCAAGUACAACAUGGCCAUCAUCCUCGUGCCCGUCUGCAGAAGAACUCUGACAAGACUACGAGAGACAUUCCUGGGAAAAUUCAUCCCUUUUGAUGAAAACAUCAACUUCCACAAGAUGGUUUCGGGGGAAGUUAUGCUGGGAUCCGUAGUUCAUAUAAUAAUGCACAUUAGCUGCAAUUUUGUCAAGAUAUCAAGAUGCCCUAAAGAUCAGUUUGAUACUAUUUUUGCACCACUCUUCAAUUACAAGCAGCCAACUUAUAUGGAUUUGUUGUUGAGCAUCGAGGGGAUUACUGGAAUUAUAAUGAUAGUUUUGAUGCUUUACGCAUACAUAUUGGCAGCUCACUCAUUUAGAAGGAACAUAGUUAAGCUGCCUGGGCCUUUUCAUGCUUUGUCAGGGUUCAAUGCCUUCUGGUAUGCUCAUCAUCUUUUGGCUGUGGUUUACAUCCUCUUACUCAUCCAUGGUUGGUUCCUUUUUCUCACCCCGGAAUGGUAUAAUAAGACGACAUGGAUGUAUGUGUCAGUGCCAAUGCUGAUCUACACCACUGAGAGAAUUCUCACACUCCAUGACAGAAACUACAAAGUUGACAUCAAUAAGGCUGUCAUAUAUACUGGGAAUGUAUUAGCCCUUUACAUGAGCAAGCCUCCGGGAUUCAGAUACAAGAGUGGGAUGUACCUAUUUGUCAAGUGUCCUGACAUAUCUAACUUUGAAUGGCAUCCAUUCUCUAUCACUUCUGCACCAGAUGACGAGUAUCUGAGCGUCCAUGUACGCACAUUGGGAGACUGGACAACGGAGCUCAAGAAUCGCUUUGAAAAGGCUUGUGAACCUCAAGCCGAAAGACAAAGCAGGGGAGAUCUAGUGAGAAUGGAAACUAAAGCAUACAAAGAAACUCCCCAACAAUUCCCAAAAAUUGUCGUUAAAGGGCCGUAUGGCGCCCCAGCACAGGAUUACAAGAAAUACGACAUCCUUCUGCUUGUUGGUUUAGGCAUUGGGGCUACUCCAUUUAUCAGCAUUAUCAAGGACAUAGUGAACAAUGAAUCACGCUCGGUACCAGAUGAUGUGCCUGCAGACAGUCAUGGUCCAAAGAGAGCAUAUUUCUAUUGGGUUACUAGGGAACAAGGGUCAUUUGACUGGUUCAAAGGUGUUAUGGAUGACAUUGCGGAAUACGACCAUCAUCAUAUCAUAGAAAUGCACAACUACCUAACAAGCAUGUAUGAGGAAGGAGACGCUCGAUCAGCACUAAUAGCAAUGGUGCAGUCGCUGCAACAUGCCAAGAAUGGAUUGGACGUUGUCUCAGAUAGCAGGAUACGAACCCAUUUUGCGCGGCCCAACUGGAGAAAAGUCUUCACUCAUUUAGCAAGUGUACAUCAUUCUAGUAGGAUAGGAGUGUUCUACUGUGGAAGUCCAAUGCUAACGAAGACACUCAAGAGUCUCUGCCGAGAAUUUAGCUUAAAUUCAUCUACUCGAUUCCAUUUCCACAAGGAGAACUUUUAG